AUAAAUACAACUUAAAAGAAGAAGUUGUGCUAAUGAGUUCCCCCCAGAUAGCAGCUGGGUCCGACCCCCACCAUCCCUCAUGGUGCCUGGCACCGGGUGUGGGAACAUCUGGGUGCUGGGCCACAAGCUGACCCUGAUCCCCCAACUGCAGGGGGCCUUCUUUCCCCUGGCUGAGGGGAACUGGAGCCUGCCCAACCGGGCGGUAGAGCCCCAACUACAGGAGGAGGAGCGGAUGGUGUACGUGGCCUUCUCGGAGUUCUUCUUUGACUCUGCCAUGGAGAGCUACUUCCGGGCGGGGGCCCUGCAGCUGUCACUGGUGGGGGACAAGGUGCCCCACGAUCUGGACAUGCUGCUGAGGGCCACCUACUUUGGGAGCAUCGUCCUGCUGAGCCCAGCAGUGAUCGACUCCCCGCUGAAGCUGGAGCUGCGCGUCCUGGCCCCACCUCGCUGCACCAUCAAGCCCUCGGGUACCACGGUCUCUGUCACUGCCAGCGUCACCAUCGCCCUGGUCCCGUCAGACCAGCCCGAGGUCCAGCUAUCCAGCAUGACCAUGGACGCCCGUUUCAGCGCCAAGAUGGCACUCCGGGGGAAGGCGCUGCGCACCCAGCUGGACCUGCGCCGGUUCCGAAUCUACUCGAACCAGUCCGCCCUGGAGUCGCUGGCCCUGAUCCCGCUGCAGGCCCCUCUGAAGACCAUGCUGCAGAUUGGGGUGAUGCCCAUGCUCAAUGAGCGGAUGUGGCGGGGGGUGCAGAUCCCGCUGCCCGAGGGUAUCAACUUUGUGCGCGAGGUGGUGACGAACCAUGCGGGCUUCCUCACCAUUGGGGCCGACCUCCACUUUGCCAAAGGGCUGCGAGAGGUGAUCGAGAAGAACCGGCCUGCCGACACCAGGGACCCCUGGGCAUCCAGUGCCCCACCACCCUCCACGACAGCUGCCUGAGCCCUCAAGCCCACCCUGGCAGGGGCAUUCAGGACUCUGACGCCUCUCGUCCCCUCCCCCAGCCCCUGCCCGCCCCACCCCAGCCUAUAGUGUCCUGUCUAACCCCCCAGUGCCACAGAGAAGACAGGGCUUUAAGCUGUACCCAAUUUAAUUCCAUAAUCAGUCAAUCCACCAAUUACAGUCCGUCCACCCUCCCCAUGGGCUAUCCUGAGCUCUGCUGUGUUCUAGUGCACGAAGGGAGGGGGCCAGGCCCCACCCCAGUCAGGAAUAAAGUGCUAACUCCCCCAG